CCCAUCGCUCACAGUGCAGUAUCAAUUCACAGUGUCAACCCACCCCUGGAAUUUCUGAGAAGGAGAAGAAGAAGCAAAUUAUGGGACGCCGAGUGUAGAGGGGGACUUUGACUUCGUGUCCUGGAAGUUCAUGAAAACCCAUCCAAGCAUCUGAAUGAGUUCAGACCCCAAAGAGGACUAGACAUCGCAGCCCAGUGAGCCGGAUCCAGACAUGCAGCCUUUCAGCCUGGUCUGGGCUCUGCUCGUGCUGAUCAGCGUCUCCUGUGGCGGCGCAGACGCUCACAGCAGGCAUUACCGACAAGUCCUCACUGGAAACCAACCAGGUGUGUGUCGCUAUGGCAGCAGACUGGAGUGUUGCUACGGCUGGAGGAAAAACAGCAAAGGACAGUGUGAGGCCCAGUGUGAGCACGGCUGCAAGCACGGAGAGUGUGUCGGCCCCAAUAAAUGCAAGUGUCUCCCGGGAUACACAGGAAAGACGUGUAACCAAGAUCUGAACGAGUGCGGACUGAAGCCUCGCCCCUGCGAGCACCGCUGCAUGAACACGUACGGCGCCUACAAGUGCUACUGUCUCAACGGAUACAUGUUGAUGCCCGACGGCUCGUGUGCCAACUCCAGGACGUGCUCUCUCGCUCACUGUCAGUACGGCUGUGAGGAGGUGCAGGGGGAGAUCCGCUGCCUGUGUCCGUCCCCAGGAUUGCAACUGGGCCAGGAUGAGAGGACCUGUGUAGAUAUUGACGAGUGCGUCACGGGGAAGAACCUGUGCCCCUACAACAGACAAUGUGUCAACACCUUUGGCAGCUACUACUGCAAGUGCCAAGAUGGCUACGACCUGAAGUACGUGGACGGCAAAUAUGACUGUGUAGACCUCGAUGAGUGUGCGGCCGCCGUCCACAAGUGCAGCCAUCACGCCGUCUGCCUAAACACCCAGGGAUCCCACAGGUGCAGGUGCAAGGCCGGCUUCAGAGGCAACGGCUUUGAAUGCUCUGUCAAGCCGUUUUCUCAGAGGUCGUGGGAUGGAGACAAAGGCAGUGUACAUCAUUUCCUCAAUGCCAUCCCAGACUCCCAGCUGGGGCCCAGGAUUCUGGGAGGAAAGCCGGACAACGAAGACAUUAAAAACAUAAUCCCAGAACCAAACACAACACCGGCUCCCGGGAUCCGCCAGCAGCCUUUCGACUAUGAUGGAGAGGUCUACGUCGGCACCAGGACCGAAGAGGGACCACGGGCUGAAUUUCCAGAGGAAGAGGAGGAGGAGGAGGAAGACGAAGACAACCAGCUCAAUCCAAGGGGAGAUGUGUUCAUAUCAGAGGACUUUGAAUCAGCACUGAGCCCAGGCACAGAAAUCAAAGAGGUCCACUUUGGAUCGGUUCAGGAAGACUUCAUUGUUGAUUGCAAUUUUGACCAGGGAGCAUGUGAGUGGGUCCAGGACAGGGCUGAUGACAUGGAUUGGAGUGUAGCCUACCAUGAUAACGGUGCUGAGUACUACAUGGCUGUGAGCGGGCUCCUCGGCCAGCAGGAGGAUGUGGCCAAACUCAAGCUGCUGCUCAACGACCGCGCCCAGCAGGGCAGCUUCUGCCUCACCUUCGACUACCGCGUGGUGGGUCACAACGUGGGUGCGCUCAGGGUGCUGCUGGAUAACAGCGUUUACCCAGUGUGGGAGCAGAGCCACAGCAGAGCCCAGAGCUGGCAGACUGAGUUCCUCACCGUGGCCUGGAAAGAGAAAGCCCCGCAAUCAAUUGUUUUUGAGGCUCUGCGUGGGACCGGUGUUGGAGGAGAGAUCGGGUUGGACAACGUUGCACUGACCUCGGGGCCGUGUAAAGAGGAUGUCAGUCCAGUCUUCUAAGAAUCUCCACCGCAGAUAAAUAAUUAAAAUCCUCUAAACGACGCAUGUCUAGGAUGACUGCACGUGUGUCGGUGUUUCGUCGUGACUGCGCGACGUAAAGAUUCAAGCACAUGGUUUGGAGGUCACAGUGCGUGAAACCAGCGCGUGCAUGUGCAGUUUGUCACCAUGCUGCUACGUCCUGCAACAAACAGCUCCAAUCUCAGGAAAAGCAGGAAUCGCUAACUUUUACUGUUAGUUAUGUGUAACGGUAUGGUACUUACUAUUUUAUGGCAUAUAUGUGAAUUACUGAAGUUGACGUUAAAUAGGUAAUGUGAAUUCCAAAGGGAAUUUAAUCUGAAAUUCAGUCUUAUAUGAAUAACUUUUUGAAGGCUAUGUAGUUGAAACGAUAAAUGUCAGUGCAUAACUGCUGUAAAUUCUGCUUCAAUAUCAUAUGUACUAUUACAUUAAAUUUGUUUUUUUAAUUUUUA